AUGCGCUACGGCAAGUACUGCGGCGUGUCCUACACGGGGUGCCCCGGCGAGGCCCCCUGCGACGCCAUCGACGCCUGCUGCAUGCUCCACGACGCCUGCGUCCAGGCCACCGACAACGACUACCUCAACUUGUGGUGCAACCAGAGCCUGCUGGACUGCGUGGCGGCGGCGAGGCCGACGGCGGUGGCGGCCACGUUCCAGGGGAACCGGUGCAACGUCACGGACGUCGCCGACGAGAUCACCACCCUCGUGGAGGCCGCCGUGUACGCCAGGGGCAUCCUCCACAAGCCCUAG